ACUUGCUUUGCCAUAAGGACGACCAAAGGUUGUAAUCUCAUUUUCGCCUACCAUAAUAACAGCGUACUUAUAAUUCCGGCGUCCAUCAAAGCUUGUUAGGCCCCUUCCUUGGGGCAACACUUAUCCUAAUGGUGCAAAUACAACGUGUAGCCCUCUUUCCUAACGCCACCUUCCAUAUCGCGCUUCAGCGGGUGUUCGGGCUCGGACGGUCGACUAGUCUAGCAGUCGCGGAGGCGUGCGGAAUUAGCAAGGACCUGAAGGUCAAGGACAUCAAGGAUUCGUACCUGCAAAAGGUUUCGUCGUACAUUGAGAACAACUUCACGACAGGCGACACGCUGAAGCGCCAGAUCCGCGACAAUGUGCUGGAGCAGGUGGCGAUCAACACGCGGAGAGGUGUACGACACACGCUGGGGCUACCGGUGACGGGCGCGCAGACGCGAAACAACGGCGUGAAUGCCAGGAAACUAAGGCCGCUGUUCCAGUACGAUACCAGCCGGCGGUGAUUUGGCAUGGGGAUAAAAGCACACGGAGCCGGCCCAGCUGGCGUGGGGAUGGAGGCGAGGGGAGGUUAGGGCUUGGUCAUGGAGGUGGCUUGAUGGGUUGUGGUUGGUGUUGUGUGGCUGGUGCAGAGGAUGGUUAACGAAAAGGGAAGGGAGCGGAUGGCGAGGUGGCGACGCUGCACGUUGGCUGAGGUGUGUAGGGUAGUGAUUGGGAGGUGGGGAGGGAGCACUAUGGAGCUCAGUUAGGGGUAGGUGUUUAGGGAAUAAGAAGCUUCGUUCGGCGAGCGUUGGGAGUGUGGGAUAUGAGGAAGGGUUUGGUCAUGGGGCUAGGGACCAGGACGGAUGGACGGAUUGUGGGACACCGUGAUGUUCCCGAAUGUCUUUGGUUGUAGGCAACCAUUAUACGUUUGCUGUUAUACUUUGAAGACUGGUCUUCUUCAUGGCUGAAGGUUGUAAAUUUGCUGUUCGACGAGGACGUG